AUGCCGUUCGACGUUAUUGGUCAAGCGACUAUGGAAAGUGAUGACAGUUUGGCCUCCUAUCCACUGUCUUGCUAUGAGAAAUGCCCAAUUCCUCCCCGACAUAUUCGUCAAUUGGACGAGAUUCCAUUUCCUUCGCGUCCCUACCUGGACUACUAUCCCGCAGACCGUGGUAUUAAUGCCGGUUACCAGUCCAAGGUUAGGGUCAUAGACAAGUACAAGGUAAUCGGUUUCAUCAGCAGCGGAACAUAUGGCCGAGUCUACAAGGCUGUUGGUCGACAGGGCCAGCCUGGCGAGUUUGCCAUCAAAAAGUUCAAGCCCGACAAGGAGGGUGAGCAGAUCCAGUACACCGGCAUAUCACAGUCUGCUGUACGCGAGAUGGCACUUUGCUCCGAGCUGAGCCACCCGAACGUCAUUCGCUUGGUUGAGAUAAUUCUCGAGGACAAGUGCAUCUUCAUGGUGUUCGAGUACGCUGAGCACGACUUGCUACAAAUCAUUCACCACCAUACCCAGAAUCCAAGGCACCCCAUCCCUCCGGCGACCGUCAAAAGCAUCAUGUUCCAGCUCCUGAACGGCUGUCAGUAUCUCCACAACAACUGGGUGUUGCAUCGCGACCUGAAGCCAGCAAACAUCAUGGUCACUUCUGCUGGGCAAGUCAAUAUUGGGGAUCUCGGCCUGGCUCGGCUUUUCCAGAAGCCCCUCCAUUCCCUCUUCAGCGGUGAUAAGGUUGUCGUUACGAUAUGGUAUCGUGCCCCGGAACUUCUGCUGGGCAGCCGUCACUAUACGCCAGCCAUUGAUAUGUGGGCUGUUGGCUGUAUCUUCGCCGAGCUGCUCUCCCUUCGGCCAAUCUUCAAGGGAGAGGAGGCCAAGAUGGACUCAAAAAAGACGGUUCCUUUUCAGCGCAACCAGAUGCAGAAGAUCGUCGACAUCAUGGGGUUGCCGACCAAGGAGCGCUGGCCUCACCUUACCGGCAUGCCAGAGUAUGGCGCGCUGGGCAGCCUUCAGCCGCCAAUGCUGCACCAUCACUCCCACCACCACGGUAGCAAGGCCGCCUCGGCAUCCCAUCUGGAGAAGUGGUACUAUAGCACCAUAGGUGCACAUUCCUCUACGUCGUCGCCGAGCUCCAACUCGAGCUUGUCUUCACUGGGCCAAGAAGGCUACAAGCUGCUGGCUAGUCUUUUAGAGUAUGACCCUGACAGGCGUCUGACGGCUCAACAAGCCCUGCAACAUCCAUUCUUCAGCACAGGGGACAAGGUCAGCAAUAACUGUUUUGAAGGGUUGAAAACCACGUAUCCCAUGCGCAGGGUCAGCCAGGACGAUAAUGACAUUCGAACCUCCUCGCUUCCUGGGACUAAACGGAGUGGCCUGCCGGACGAUAGCCUAGUACGCCCAGUCAAGAGAGUCAAAGAAGCCUAG